AGUAACUGUGCUUCAUUCAUUAACUUAUCCCCACUGGAUUUAGUCCAUUUCGAAUUCUUUCGAAUUCAUUCACCAUCUCGCUUGUUGUUCUCAGAAAUUUCUGUGCGGUUAGCAGCGUGACAAUGCGGUAGUGUGACUUAAGUCAUGUGAUCAUUAUUGUUUUCGCAUAAGCCUUCGAGGCGGCCAGAUGUUAAAUAUGGGCCUCGUUGGAUUUGGUUCAGUGGGCACACAAAUGUGACAUGGAAACCUCGGAUUUCGCUCAUCGAAGGGGCAGAAGUUAAUUUUGAUCCUCUGGAUUUCGUACAUCGUGACAACAUGGCGACUUUUCCAGUCCUUCAGGAAAGUGAAGGGGAAUGGACAUCUAGUAAACUUGUUGAAAUCUUGCGAUUAAGAAUUCCUUCAUCUUUUGUUCCUGACCCUCAGUUGCUGCAUGAUUUCAUCACUGGUUUUCAGACCAGACCGGACGACGUGUUCGUUGUAAGCUAUCCCAAAUCAGGGACUUCCUGGAUUCAAGAAAUUGCCUGGCAGAUUUAUCACAAUGGAGAAACCAGCAGUGCAAAAAUGCAAGACGGCGUCCCAUUUGUGGAAGACGCAGCGAACCCAAAUUCAACUCAGCCUGACAUAAAAACCUUACCAAGCCCUCGUCUUCUUAAGACCCACCUCUCUUACGAAGCUAUCCCUAAAGCUACAAACAAGGACGCAAACUGUAAAUAUAUUUACAUUGCUCGUAAUCCCAAAGAUGCUGCAGUGUCAAGCUAUAAAUUUAUUAAAAGCUUUGGAUCUGGUACAGGAUUGAGUGCCCCAUGGGAGUAUUACGUGAAGCUUUUUAUUGAAGGCAAAACCAUGUGGAACCACUGGAAUGAUCAUGUUCUUGGAUGGUGGGAGCACAAAAAUGCUUUCAAUGUUCUGUUCCUUAAAUAUGAAGACCUUCAAAAGGAUCUCCUGUCCAACGUUCGAAUAAUUGCUGAUUUCCUCAACAAGCCUCUUCCAGAUGAUCUUGCCAAGCGCAUUGCCGAGCAGUGCACUUUUAAAGGAAUGAUGGAAAACGUUCAAAGCUACUUGUUUGAAGAUAAGGAAGAUGGUCCAAGUCUUCUACAAAAGGGUGUGGUUGGUAAUUGGAAGGAGCACUUCACCCCAGAGUUGAACGAGAGAUUUGAGAAGGAAGUAUUAGCAAAAUUGAAAGGAUCUGGAUUAGAGUUUGACUUUGAGUUAUGACACAUCCUGAGUUUCUGUUUUGCAAAAGCGCUAUGAAAAUUACAGUUUGUUUUUGAACUGUCAUAAGUCGCAUUCCAUCCUAGUGAUCAAAAGGAAGGUUCUGCACAUGCAGAUCGACGAGUCUUUCAUGGAAAGAUCAUUUAAUAAAAAGUCGAUUUCAACGGCAGACUACAAAGAAAACAGGACUGUACUAUAAGGCAG